AUUUUUAGUUCUUAUUUUGUUGUCAUCAGUAACACAUUUCAUUUCAUUUAAAGUCAAUUUAUAUAAUUACUUCGACUCAGUUUUUUACAUUUUUAACAACUUUUUUAAAAUGAUAACACAGCGUUGCAAUACCAUCUAUUAUCUUAUAGCAAAAACAAAAUCGAUUUCUUUAAAAACAUUGGCGUUUUCGUCAUCUACAAUAAAUUGUCGUAAUAUUUAUUCCACAGCAACAUUGAAUGCAACAAUAGUCUUAGAAAAACGAUCAUCAGAAGCAGAUCGACAACAAAAUAAAAAUAGUAAAAUAAAUAUUCUACUAAAUAAUAACAUCAAGUCUAGUUUAAUUAUUAGAAAUUUAUCAACAAAUAAUAAUUUUAUUAAUUUAAAUAAAAUGUCUGGAAAUGCUAAAAUAUUACACUCAACAUUAGAAGCAAUUGAUCCAGAACUUUUAAAAUUGAUUCAUAAUGAAAAACAGAGGCAAAUUCGUGGCUUAGAAAUGAUUGCCAGUGAAAAUUUUACAUCACUUGCAGUUUUAGAAUGUUUAGGAUCAUGUUUGCAUAAUAAAUAUUCGGAGGGAUUGCCUGGACAAAGAUAUUAUGGGGGCAAUCAAUUUAUCGAUCAAGUUGAAUUAUUAGCACAAAAGCGUUUAUUAGAUUUGUAUAAAUUGAAUCCAGAAGAAUGGGGGGUCAAUGUUCAACCAUAUUCCGGUUCCCCAGCUAAUUUUGCUGUUUAUACCGCCUUAUGUGAACCACAUGGAAGAAUUAUGGGACUUGACUUACCCGAUGGUGGUCAUUUGACUCACGGUUUUAUGACAGCGACAAAAAGAAUUUCAGCAACCUCAAUAUUUUUUGAAAGCAUGCCAUACAAGGUUGAUCCAAAAACUGGUUUAAUUGAUUAUGACAAAUUAGAAGAAAGUGCUAAAUUAUUCAAACCAAAAUUAAUUGUUGCUGGUAUUUCAUGUUAUUCCCGUUGCUUAGAUUAUGCAAGAUUUCGAAAAAUUUGCGAUGAUAAUGAUGCAUAUUUAGUAUCAGAUAUGGCUCAUAUAUCUGGUUUAGUCGCAGCUGGAGUAAUACCAUCGCCAUUUGAAUUUUCAGAUGUUGUUAGCACAACCACUCAUAAAACAUUACGUGGUCCAAGAGCUGGUGUUAUAUUCUUCCGCAAAGGUGUACGACGUGUAAAACCAAAUGGAGAAAAAGUAUUGUAUGAUUUGGAAAACCGUGUAAAUGCCGCUGUAUUUCCAGGGUUACAAGGUGGUCCGCAUAAUAACACAAUCGCUGGAAUUGCUACAGCAGCUUUACAAGCUCAAUCCCCAGAAUUUGUUAUGUAUCAAAAACAAGUUGUUAAAAAUGCACAACGUUUGUGUAAUGGUUUAAUUAAAGCGGGUUAUUCAAUAGCCACUGGCGGCACUGAUGUGCAUUUAGUUUUAGUUGACUUAAGAUCGACUGGAAUCUCUGGAGCAAAAGCAGAAUAUAUUCUAGAAGAAAUAUCAAUUGCAUGCAAUAAAAAUACUGUACCAGGAGAUAAGUCCGCGUUAAAUCCUUCCGGUAUCCGUUUAGGCACCCCAGCUUUAACAACAAGAGGGCUUACCGAAGAACAUAUUGAUAAAGUUGUCGAGUUCAUUGAUCGUGGAAUUAAAUUGGGAAAAAAAAUAUCUGAUAUUUCUGGUGUCAAAUUGAUUGAUUACAAAAAUGUGAUUCACUCGAAUGCUGAAAUUGUUGCCGAAGUUUCAAAUUUAAGAAAAGAAGUGGAAGAAUUUAGUGCACAAUUUCCUCUGCCUGGUUUCUCGGAUUAUUGAAAGGAAAUUUGCCAUCACUUUAGUUUUUAAGAAAAUAAUAAACGAAAUAAAGUGCUUUUAAAAAAUACACUGAAAA